AACUUAUCAUUUUCCUUUUCCUUACAUUAUAUCGUAUUGCACAUCGAUAGCAGCGAGGAAGUUUGAGCGAAGCCCAGUCAGAUAUUGGGCAGUGAGACCAAGCAUUAGGGGACAUGCCAACGAGUGUGUCUGAGUUCGAGUUGGAGCUUGGCGAGAUGAGAAGCAGACGACUUAUCGAAAAGCCCAGUGGAAGAAGAAAAGGCAAGCAGCUGAGCAUCAGCAAGAUCAACCAUGAACUUUCAGAAAUCGUAACCAUCCCCUCCUCCAGCUCCGACGACGAAGCAAAUACCACUUCCCUGCACCAGAAGGCGGACGAGACCCUCCUGCACCAGAAGAAGAAGAAGAAGGAACCGAAGGUGGAAACGAAGAAGAAGACGGGGGCGAAGGUGGAAACGAAGAAGAAGACGGGGGCGAAGGUGGAAACGAAGAAGAAGACGGGGGCGAAGGUGGAAACUAAGAAGAAGAAGGAGGAGAAGGAAGAUGAGAGCGCGGCUCAUCUGAAGAAGAGAAAGAACAAGGGGGAAGAGAGCGUGGCCCAUAAGAAGAAGAAGCUGAAGAAGGAAGCGGGGAAAGGGAGCUUAGGGCAGAAGAAUGAGAAGGGAGAGGGAGAGAGUGUGGCACCUAAGAAGAAGAAUGGGAAGGGGCAGGAAGAGAGCAAGGGGACUCUGAAGAAGAAGAGGAAGAAGGAGGAUGAGGAAGAGGGCGUAACGCUUCCGAAGGCGAAGGGGAAGGGGAAGGGGGAGGAAGAGAACAAGGGGAGUAUGAAGAAGAAGAAAAAGGAGGAGGAGGACACAGGGGGCGUGGUGAAUCAGAAGAAGAAGGGGAAGGGGGAGGGAGAGAGCAGCAAGGCGAAUCUGAAGAAAAAGAAGAAGAAAGGGGAAGGGGAAGGGCGAGAGGGCGCUGCCACUCAGAAGGAGAAUCAGAAGAAGGCGGGUGAGGAAGUGACACCGGCGCACUUAGAGAUCAAUGAUAAGAAGAAUGAAAAGAAGAAGAAGAAGGAGAAUAAGGGGAACGAGGAAGAAAAAUUGGCGAAUUUGAAGAGCAAUGAGAAGAAGAAUGAGAAGGAUGAAGAGAAGAAGAAAAAGGGCGGGGCACAUUGUGGAUACAAUUUUCCAAUGAGCAGAAUAGAGAGGAUUGUACGGAGCGAUUGCGACGAUGUCCGCAUUUCCCAAGAAGCCCUCUUUCUCAUCAACAAAGCUUCUGAGGAGUUCCUUCAACAAUUUGUUAAUGAUGCAUAUGCAUGUUCUGUUAAGGAUCGCAAGAAUUAUGUUUCUUACAAGCACAUAGCAUCAGCAGUUAGCAAAUGCAAGAGAUUUGACUUUCUAUCAGAUUUUGUUCCUGAGAGAGUAUCUGCUGAGAAGGCUUUAGCAGAGAGAUCAGCUAAGACAUGAGCUUGGGCCUUCAAAGAUCCAUCAAGUAUGUGCAUUUAUCUGUAUGCGAUCUGGCUGAUGAGCAUUAACAAGAUUUCCUUUAUGCAUUUCCAUGUAGCUCAGAAGGAUCUCAGUUUUGGUGGACCACACAACAUUUAAUUGAUGCAGUUGCUAUGCUUGUUGUAUCAAGUGCAUAUCUCAUUGAAGAAAAAUAAUUUUUAAUAUUUUAGCCUCAA